GAGCUGGCUUAAGUUCAGGAAGUAGUGCAGCUGUGCAUAAAGCCCAUUGACAAUUCAGAAUGAUGUCAAUGUCUCAUUUUUAGAGAUGCUUACAUUGACAUCUGAUUGCAGGCUAAGAUAUAAAUUUUUGACCAGCGUUCUGAUGAAGUCUGACAAUGUUUAUGAGGGAACAGUGGGUAAAAAGGUGGAGAUCAGAUGUCCAUAUUCAGAUGAUUACAAAUAUACACCCAAAUACCUUUGCCAGGAUCCCUGUGGAUCAUCAGGACAUGUUUUGAUUAAAAGUGCAAAGACUGAUCAGGUCAUCUCUGAUGGAAGAUACUCUUUGAUUGACAUUGUGAGUGGAAGGUUCUUCACUGUAACCAUCAGUGAUCUCACACUCAAAGACUCUGGUGUUUAUUACUGCGGAGUUGACAAAUGGUUCAGAGACAAACUGAAUAAAGUGAAUCUGUCUGUCCGUCAAGCUCCUGUGAACAGACCUUCACACACUUCUGAGAAGACAAUUACAACUACAACUAACACAUCUACAUGGACAACAACAACACUCAACUCUACAAUAAGUCGUCUUGUGAGCAGUUCUCACCCACUGUCAAGUCAAAGGCAGUCGUUUUUCAGUGUGGCUGUGGUGUGUGCAGGUGUUCUGGCGCUGCUGGUGUUUGGGGUUCUUGUGGCUGUAGUGUUUCUCUGUUGGAAAAGAUCACACUCCACGUCAGGUGGUUUGAACUGUGGUGUUCCUGAAAAUUCAGUUCAAGAUUCACCAGAUCUCAGCCGGACUGUAUAUGAUGUCCAUCACAUCUACGAUGAAUUAGUGACUGAGAACAGCCCGCCUGGUCCAGCUAGAGAUGCCUAUUCUCCUGUAUUAUAUUCCACCGUGCAGCACUGUGCACCUGUAAACGAUUUGUAUUCAUUGAUCACACACCACUGAGGAUAAAUAACUAGAUCAAUAACUAGAACAACACCAAAAAAACACCCAACUCAUUCUUGAAACCCUGUUGGUGUGAAAUGAUGCAUGUGGUCAGCUUGCUAAAACAGGCACUGUCUGCAAACAUCCUGCUGUGGACAUGUGCGUCAGGCUGUGACAUUUAACUGAGCUGAUGUGUUAAAUUAAUAGUGUGCAUUUCCUAUGUUAAAAUAGCUUUUGUAAUGUACUGUAAAUGCAAAGUGGUUUUAAAAAAACAUAUUGUUUGUCUAUUUGUUUAAUAGUCUGCCUCACUUAAUGAAUGAGGAGAUCAAAUUUUAUGAGCAAUUAUGAAAUCCACAUCUUACACCUUUGUGUGUCUGAGUCUUCUUGUGUUUAUUUAGACUGAUGGUGCAUAUUAUUAUUGGGAGAAUUUCUUUUACCCCAGUGUCUCUUAUAUUAAAGCUUGUUUAUU